AUGACUCUUGCUACUCGUUUUAGUAGUCGUCUUAGAAUCUGCAUUACCUACGAAGAAAAUCCGAAUAUUUUGUUAUCAUCCCUUCACCGUUAUACUUGGAACACGUCAAUUGAUCCCGUCUCCGCUCCUCUCCAAGCGUAUGUUACUUGCGCACUUGGAACGCACGAGUUAGACCGGAGCCCCUCAAGACACCAGUCUGGAUUACAAACACUGAGGAUCAAGAACUUCGGGUACCAAGCAACACCAUCCAAAAGUCAUUUGCAAUUUCUGUUUGCUCUCUUCAUGGGUUGCUACAUGUCAAAGAAAGAAAUACGAGCACCUGGAUUUGAGGAUCCUGCCAUCAUUGCUUCUGAAACAGCUUUCUCUGUGAAUGAAGUCGAGGCUUUGCACGAACUGUAUGAGAAAAUGAGCAGUUCUGUUGUAGAUGAUGGUUAUAUACAGAAGGAAGAUUUCACGUUUGCACUUUUGAGGAAUAGCAAUAACCGGAGCCUCUUUGCAGAUAGGAUAUUUGAUCUAUUUGAUGCCAAUCGGAACGGACAUAUUGAUUUUGGAGAAUUUGUUAGGGCAUUAAGCAUCUUUCACCCGAGAACUCCUGUAGCUGAAAAAAUCGCGUGGGCAUUCAGAUUAUAUGAUUUAAGGCAUACGGGUUACAUUGAACAUGAAGAGUUGGAGGAGAUGGUGGUGGCUCUUCUUAAUGAAUCCGACCUGAAUCUGUCAGAUGAUAUCGUUAAAGGCAUUGUUGAUAAGACAUUCAAAGAAGCUGAUAUAAAUGGCGAUGGCAGGAUUGAUUUAGAAGAAUGGAAAGAAUAUGCAACAAAGAAUCCUUCUUUACUGAAAAAUAUGACUCUUCCAUAUCUAAUGGAUAUAACGCUGGUGUUUCCCAGCUUCGUGAUGAGCAGUGAAGCAGAUGUUUCAAAAUGGCAGCCCGAAAGUAAACUCAUCGAUACAUUGCAAGUUGAUAGACACUAG